AGUUGUGUAUGUGCUUCUGGAUGAGACUAAAAUAACCCCGCGGCGGUUGGAGAGAGGGUCAGCGAGAAAGGAGGAGAGAGAAGUAGCAAGAGGAUCGGCGAAUACAGGAAAAGGAAGGCGAGAAUGGAGAGCAGCAAGGUGGUUGUGUGCGAUAACGGCACCGGGUAUGUAAAGUGUGGCUUUGCGGGAGAGAACUUCCCUACAUCUGUGUUUCCUUGUGUAGUUGGACGGCCAUUGCUUCGCUAUGAGGAGUCACUUCAGGAACAAGAAUUGACGGAUAUUGUGGUUGGAGCUGCUUGUGCUGAUUUGAGACAUCAACUUGAUGUAUCAUAUCCUGUCACAAAUGGGAUUGUUCAAAAUUGGGAUGAUAUGGGCCAUAUAUGGGAUCAUGCAUUCUAUAGUGAACUGAAGGUUGAUCCAUCUGAGUGUAAAAUUCUACUGACAGAUCCACCACUCAAUCCUCUGAAAAACCGUGAACAGAUGCAGAUUGAGACAAUGUUUGAGAAAUACAACUUUUCUAGUGUCUUCAUCCAGAUCCAAGCAGUUCUUUCACUAUAUGCUCAAGGCUUGCUGACUGGACUUGUCAUAGAUUCUGGUGAUGGUGUCACUCAUGUGGUGCCUGUAGUUGAUGGAUAUUCUUAUCCACACCUAACAAAAAGAAUGAAUGUUGCUGGAAGGCAUAUCACAUCUUAUCUUGUUGAUCUACUUUCAAGGAGAGGGUAUGCUAUGAACAAAUCCGCUGAUUUUGAGACCGUCAGAGAAAUAAAAGAGAAGCUAUGCUAUAUAAGCUAUGAUUACAAACGUGAAUAUCAGCUAGGACUUGAAACUACAAUCCUUGUCAAAAGUUACACUCUUCCAGAUGGAAGAGUAAUUAAAGUCGGAACUGAGCGAUUUCAAGCUCCCGAGGCUCUUUUUACUCCUGAACUCAUAGAUGUUGAAGGUGAUGGUUUGGCAGAUAUGGCAUUCCGUUGCAUUCAGGAAAUGGACAUUGACAACCGGAUGACGCUUUACCAACAUAUCGUCCUUAGUGGAGGGAGUACCAUGUAUCCUGGUCUGCCAAGUCGUCUGGAGAAAGAAAUUCUUGAUCGCUAUCUGGACGUGGUUUUGAAAGGGAACAAGGACGGCCUGAAGAAAUUACGUCUGCGGAUAGAGGAUCCUCCACGGAGAAAGCAUAUGGUCUAUUUAGGAGGUGCGGUACUAGCUGGAAUCAUGAAGGAUGCACCAGAGUUCUGGAUCACAAAGCAGGAGUUCCAGGAAGAAGGGGUUGCCUGCCUAAGGAAGUGUGGACAAGCAUAACCAUGCAGAAUGUUUUACCAUGGUACACAAGGAAGAAAAACUGAAGACGGUAACAAAACUACCAUGCUCACCUUGGAUGAUGGAUGCAGAUUAUUAAAAUGAUAAGAGACCGAGGGGAAGGAUCCCUGACAUCAGCGACCAUCCGGGCUAUGACAGGGUUCUCAUGGAUCUGUAUUAUUUACAUUAGAAGAGCACACCAGUGUUGUUUCUCCCCACAAAUGUUCACCGUUUAGUGCGCUGAUGUAGUCUGCACAUCAUAAACGUAUGUAGUCUGCACAUCAUAAAAGUAUGGCGAUUUUUUUAAAUAAUACACUUUUUUUAUUAA